AUGGAGAGCCUGCAGCGGCAGCAGGCGGUUCGCCUGGCCCGCGGCCCCGACGGCGCUCCCCGAUGGACCCCGGCCGAGCCCGGCCCCGGGCCGCCGCACGCCGCUCCCCGCGGCCGCCCGGCCCCUGGCCCGCGCCCGCCACCCGCCGCCGCGGGGGAGGAGGAAAAGGAAGAAGGGGACCCCCGCGACCCCCCGCCCCAAGAGUGGACCUACGAGGAGCAGUUCAAGCAGCUCUACGAACUGGAUGAGGACCCGAAACGCAAGGAGUUCCUGGAUGACCUCUUUGGCUUCAUGCAGAAGAGAGGGACACCCGUGAACUGCAUCCCCAUCAUGGCCAAGCAAGUGCUGGACCUGUUGACAGACAAGGGUGGCCUGGUCGAAGUCAUCAACAAGAAGAUCUGGCGGGAGAUCACCAAGGGCCUCAACCUACCUACCUCCAUCACCAGCGCUGCCUUCACCCUCUGCACACAAUACAUGAAGUACCUGUACCCCUACGAAUGUGAGAAGCAGGCACUCAGCUCUCCCGGGGAGCUCCAAGCCGCCAUUGACAGCAACCGGCGGGAGGGACGGAGGCAGGCUUUUGGCACGGCACUCUUCAACUACUCGCCAGCUGGCACCCCAACCCUGCUGGGCUACCCCAAAAUACCUUUGCUGGCUCUCAGCAUCUCCACACACAGCUGCAGCCAGCUCAGCCAAGUGCACACUGUUAAGAAAGAGGACAGCAUGCUGGCGGCACCAGUGCCAGGGAGCAUUGCUAUCCCGGUGGGACUGGCCAGCCACCACCUCGCAGCAGCCCAAGUGGCAACCGCCUCGCAGGUGGCAGUGCUGGAGCAGCUGCGGGAGAAGCUGGAGGUGGGGGAACCCCCGGAGAAGAAGGUGGCCCUGACAGCAGAGGAGCAGCAGCGGCUGGUGCAACAUGCGCUGCAGCACAACCUCCUGGCCGUGGCCUCCCAGUUCCCCAUGAACAUUAAGAUCUCCAACCGAGAUGACAGACAGGAGACUGCACUGAACCUGUCCACCAACAGCAUUAGCGGUAUCAACAUGUCAAUAGAAAUAAAUGGAGUUGUCUACACAGGCAUCCUGUUUGCCCAACGGCACCCAGCCUCCCCGGCACCCAGUGGAAGGAGCACCCAGAGCUGGCUGAACCCCAUGCCUGCCCUGAACCCACUGCUCUCAGCCCCCUCACACAGCCAUACUCUUGCAAGCGCCUUGCCAUAG